CAGCCUCUCCAUCGCCGGAAGUCAGGGUCCCUGCGCUUCCUUUUUCGUCCCGCUGCCGGUGGUUCGUGCGUGCUCGCGCCUGUAGCAUUCGGUUUUUACGCGUUAGCAUUUAACCCGGUGCUUCAUCAUGUCUUACCCAAACGAGGAGGAGGAAUAUGAGCCCUACAGCUACAGUGAAUAUGACUCGCUUCAUACUGGUGAUCCCAAAGCCGAUCUGGCGUUCGAGCGACAGUACGAGCACCAGCAGACGUACCACGUCAUCCCCGAGGUGAUCAAGAACUUUCUGCAGUACUUCCACAAGACCAUCUCUGACCUGAUUGACCAGAAGGUGUACGAGCUGCAGGCCAACCGCGUCUCCAGCGAGAGCAUCGAACAGAAGAUCUACGAGAUCCAGGAUGUUUAUGAGAACAGCUGGAAUAAGCUGACAGAUCGUUUCUUCAAGACGUCUCCAUGGCCAGAGGCGGAAGCAAUUGCUUCCUUAGUGGGAAACGACGCUGUUUUUCUGAUCCUCUACAAGGAGCUUUACUACCGUCACAUUUAUGCCAAAGUCAGCGGUGGCCCAACACUUGACCAGAGAUUUGAAUCCUACUACAAUUAUUGCAAUCUCUUCAACUACAUCCUCAAUGCUGAUGGUCCUGCACCAUUGGAGCUUCCCAACCAGUGGCUCUGGGAUAUUAUCGAUGAGUUCAUCUAUCAAUUCCAGUCAUUUAGCCAGUACCGCUGCAAAACAGCCAAGAAGUCAGAGGAGGAGAUUGACUUCCUGAGGAACAACCCAAAGAUCUGGAACGUGCACAGUGUGCUGAACGUGCUGCAUUCGCUGGUGGACAAGAGCAACAUCAACCGCCAGCUGGAGAUCUACACCAGCGGAGGAGACCCAGAGAGCGUGGCUGGAGAGUAUGGCCGUCACUCUCUGUACAAGAUGUUGGGCUACUUCAGCUUAGUGGGCUUGCUGAGGCUGCACUCCUUGCUGGGGGAUUACUACCAGGCCAUCAAGGUCCUGGAGAACAUCGAACUCAACAAGAAGAGCAUGUAUUCACGCGUACCCGAGUGCCAGAUCACCACCUAUUACUACGUGGGUUUCGCCUAUCUGAUGAUGCGCCGCUACCAGGAUGCCAUUCGUGUCUUCGCCAACAUCUUACUCUACAUCCAGAGGACCAGGAACAUGUUCCAGAGGUCCACAUACAAAUACGAGAUGAUUAACAAGCAGAACGAGCAGAUGCAUGGGCUGCUGGCCAUCGCACUGACCAUGUACCCCAUGAGGAUCGACGAGAGCAUCCACACGCAGCUGCGAGAGAAAUACGGAGACAAGAUGCUGCGCAUGCAGAAAGGAGACCUGCAGGUGUUCGAGGAGCUGUUCAGCUUCGCCUGCCCCAAGUUCCUGUCGCCCGUCGUCCCCAAUUACGACAACGUACACCCGAAUUAUCACAAAGAACCAUUCCAGCAGCAGCUCAAAGUGUUCGCAGAGGAGGUCCAGCAGCAGGCUCAGCUCUCCACCAUCCGCAGUUUCCUAAAGCUCUACACCACCAUGCCCGUGGCCAAGCUGGCCGGAUUUCUGGACAUGUCCGAGCAGGAGUUCCGCAUUCAGCUGCUCGUAUUCAAGCACAAGAUGAAGAACCUGGUGUGGACCAGCGGCAUCUCGGCGCUGGACGGAGAGUUCCAGUCAGCCUCAGAGGUCGACUUCUAUAUCGACAAGGACAUGAUCCACAUUGCAGAUACGAAGGUGGCCCGCCGUUACGGAGACUUCUUUAUUCGGCAGAUCCACAAGUUUGAAGAACUGAAUCGCACCCUGAAGAAAAUGUCUGCAACCGGCACCCCAAGCUCCACCAGCGCCACAUCACGAUCAUAACAGUGCUCGCUAAAUAAUUUUAUAUUAUUAUUAUUAUCCUUGUACUGCAGCUUCAGCAGAAGGUGCAUUAACCCAACUUUGACAAAAGAUGAGAAGCCUACCUUUUCUCAUGGAGGAUGAAGAUUUGGUGUCCAGCUUUAUUUUUUUUUCCAACCUCCAGCAUUUUCCUCUUGAAGAGUCUUUUUUUGGGCUGGAAAAAAAUAAAGUUGACGUUACAUACA